AUGUUGUUCUCUCAGUCUUUACCUACUCUCUUUACUUUUUUCGCGGGUCUUCAGCAAGUCGUUGACGCUACGCCACGAUAUUGUCCACCUUAUGGUCCUGUUCUUCCUUCGCCGAGACAGGCUAGUCAACAUCCUGCCGUCCAAUAUGCCGUUGAUACCAUUACCACUGUUCUAAAAGGACAGACCGGAGGGUUCAAUCUCUCUGGUGUUUCCGUUGGAGUCAAGUCCAUUUAUGAGGAUGAGCCUUUACUCGACUUUCAUUACACUCCUUCUACGAUGAACCCCAAGAUGGGCGCCAAGAAGAUCAAUGCUAGUACUGUCUAUCGUCUUGGAAGCAUUUCCAAAGUGUUCACAGUUCUGGCGGCUCUGCGACUGGCAGAGGAUGGGGUGUUGAGCAUGAAUGAUCCUGUGACUCGCUGGAUUCCUGAGCUUGCUCACCGCGAUGGCUCUCAUUCCCGUGAUGAGCUUGACUUUACUCGUUGGACUGACAUCACUGUCGGUGAUGCUGCGGCGCAUCUCUCGGGUCUUGGUGGCGAUAUGACGACUGAUAUCUCUGCUUUCCCGUUUGACUGGGAGGCACUUGGCCUACCCAAGCUGUCCAAGAGUAACAAAGUCCCAUCCUGCAAAGGCUCUCCAGGCGCUCCAGUCUGCACCCGAAAAGGCAAGUUACCCAUUAACUAUCGUCCUCCCGUAUACCAACCUAGCCAGUCACCAAUCUACUCCAAUGCAGGAAUCAGUCUGGUCGGCCUUGUCGUCGAGGCAGCAUCGAAGAAGACGUUCGACGCCGCCAUGAAGGAUUUGGUAUUGAAACCCCUGGGCCUCAAGCAAACAUACUCUGGCAUUGUCCCGGAGAACUCGGAAAACAUGUUCAUUCCUGCUGGAAGCGCUGACUGGGACGCUGAUAUCGGAAUCUUGGCUCCUGCCGGCGCUAUGGGCUCUAGCACCGCCGAUAUGCUCUCUUUCAUGAGCAACAUCCUCAAAAACAAAGCCCUCUCCCCACCCAACACCCGCCACUGGCUCAAGCCAAACACUUUUACAUCAACAUGGAGUGCAUCCGUUGGAUCGCCUUGGGAGAUCUAUCGCGUCGAUAACCUGACUUCCGACAGUCGCAUCAUGGAUUUGUACACCAAGGGCGGCACCCUGAGCGGCUAUCAAUCCGGUAUGGCCAUGAUUCCUGACACUGGUCUUGUCGUGUCUGUCCUUGGUGCGGGUCCAGAAGUCUCGAGUGUUUGGGCACAGCUCGCAACUCUCAACAUCGUUGAGGCGCUGAUUCCAGCUAUGGACAUGGCAGCUCGGGAUGAAGCCAAAGCUCGUUUCGCUGGACAAUAUGUUGACAAGAAGACGGGGUCUGCGCUUACCCUCCUUUUGGAUAAAGGACCUGGUCUGGUCUUGAGUAACUGGACUGCUCGCGACUUUGACGUUCUCCCAAACUUGAACCGCUUCCAGCCUGGACGAUACAACGAUACAGCCGAUUCAGGUAUCAAGAGUGUUCGACUAUACCCAACUGGUAUUGAGAAUAAGUCUCGCGCCGCAUGGAGAGCCGUUUUCCCAACACUCAGUGAUACUGAGGCUGAGAUGAUUGAAGGUCUGACUAAGGUCAAGGAUGUGACGUGCAUUACUUGGCACAUGCUCGAUCGCUUCAUUUACAAUGGUCUUUCUAUGGAUCACUUCGAGUUCAAGUAUGGAAAGGAUGGGAAGGCUGUUAGUAUUAAAUCCAAGGCGUUUGACAUUGAGAUGAAGAGGGUGGAGAAGAAAGCUUGA